CGCCGAGCACGAUGCUGCGCGAGGCGGGCGGUUAGAAUUUAAAGUAUCUGACAGCGGCCAUCCAGGGGUGGACACGGCGCACGUGCACCCACAACAGACCCGCGUGUGUGCGCGCGCAUGCAUGCGAGCCAGCGUGGGAGGGAAGACUGAGACGAGCGGAUUGCUGUCAAGAAAGGCGGCGGAGGGUUUCCUUCUUUUCCCCACCCUCCCUUCCUCUCCCCUUCACCCCCUUUGCCACCCCGAUCCACCCGUGUCUUGGCCGCCCCCAUCCCCACUUCUCCUUCCUUCUUCCCCCCCCCCCCCCCCUCCCUCUUUUCCCUUUACGAACAUGGCUAGCGAAAAUCGCCCGGCGCCUGAAUCUCGGCCGCCGCCGCCCGUCGAUUCAGACCAAAGCUGCGGUCUGUGCGGCAAAAUGGAGAAGCUGCUACUGUGCGGACGAUGUAAAAUGUCUUUCUAUUGUAGCAAAGAGCACCAGAAGCAGGACUGGAAGAAGCACAAGCAAGUCUGUAAGGAAGCGGCGAGCCGGCAGGGCCGAGCGACGGACGAGGGUACGCACAACACUUCAGCAAACAGUAACCACCAGCUGCCGCGGCGGCACCUCACACGGGACCCCGUCAAUGGGCAACAGCCAGAGAAGAACCAAGAAACUCAAGGAACGGCAGGCCACCUGCUCACCGGAGCAGGCAUCAGAAGUCGGAGUCAUCGGGGGCCGCACGGUCUGAGCGGCGGCUCUCAGAAACUGGUUCUGGAGUACAUUGUUCCAUGCAUGAACAAGCACGGCAUCUGCGUGGUGGAUAACUUCCUGGGCGAGGAGACGGGUGACAGUGUGCUGAGGGAGGUGAGGGAACUGCACCGCCGGGGCCGUUUCACUGACGGCCAAGUGGUCAAUCAGAAAGGAGACUCCUCCAGGGACAUUCGCGGCGACCAGAUUACCUGGAUUGAUGGCAAAGAACCGGGCUGCACGCAGAUCGGGAUCCUAAUGAACAACAUGGAUGAUCUGAUCAGGCACUGCAACGGGAAACUGGGCAACUACAAUAUUAAUGGCAGGACGAAAGUAAACGGAGGUCUUCUUCGAAUUUUUCCAGAAGACAAAUCACAGUUUGCUGAUAUUGAACCAAAGUUUGACAGGCUACUAUUUUUUUGGUCAGAUCGACGAAACCCACAUGAAGUACAAUCAGCUUUUGCCACAAGGUACGCCAUAACAGUCUGGUAUUUUGAUGCAGAUGAGCGAACACGAGCUAAAGACAAAUAUUCAACAGAUGUGAUUCCAGGGUGGUGUGUUGUCUCCCAGGUGCCACGGAAUCCAGGAUGUUACAGAGUGACUGCUGAAUAUCCUUUGUAACAACACAUUUGGGUUCAUAUCAGUACCAAAAACCAAGUUGGGGAAUACUAGAAAGAUUGAUUACAUAUGACAUAGAUGGGAGGCAUUUGGCCUAUCAAGUCUAUAGAAAUCCCAUCAGUCCUAUUUCCUUAUCCCCCAGAAACCUUCAAAUGGGUUCUCUCUCAUUAACCUAUGUUCUGGUUUCUUCCUACAUACCAGAAAUUUGCUAUUUUGUAGCUGCAAAUAACCCCUCGUAUAGGUAUUGAGUGGGGGAAUCAAUUAAUGUUUAUGGGCAUGUGUAAGAGGAUAAAUUACUGGUAAAUAAAUGGGGGAAUAGGAUUGAUGAGAACUGGCAUAUACUUAAUGGCCUGAAUAGUUUUCUAUAUCAUGAAAAUAUUAGAGAAACUAAUCCCCUUUGAUACUUUUAUCUACAAUAAAGUGUAAUUUAUAGUAGCCAAUUAGUCUAUUUAUAAUUUUGGAAUGUGGGAGGAAACUGGAGCACCCACAGUCACAGAGUGCAUGUGCAACCUUCAACAAAACAGUGCUGGAGGAAUUCAGCGGGUCAGGCAGCAUCUGAGGAGGGAAUGGAGGAGGCUUAAAGAGGAACCAAGGUAAAAAGGGUGCAUAAUAUUAGCAAAUAUUAAACAUGAAAAAUAUUAAACAUAAACAUGAAAGAUUAAAUGCUAUGAUACCCAAACAGUAGAAUGAACUUUGAGAGGCAUGAUGUUUAAUGUACCAAAUCUAUGUUCCUGAAAGAUGAAGAUAAUAAAGAUAUUGCCAUUAUGAAAGAAGAAUAUGAAGUUUUGCAACAGAGAACAAAAGAGGAGCCCUGCACCAUGUUUUAAAAAGUAAUAUACAGCACAGACUUUAAAAUGAAAGGAAGGAAGAUUUUACUUUUGUGAUACCAGACUUCAGAUGCUGGAAUCUUGAGCAAAAAAAGUUCUGGAGAAACACAGUGGGACAUACAACAUAUAUGAAAGGAAAUGUAUUGGGUCAAGACCCUUCUUCAGACUAUAAUUUUCACCAAUAUAUUUUGGCUACAGGUAGGGUGAAAGAUUGUGCAAGUUCAAACAUUGGGUGAGAGUUGGGAGUGAGAAAUUGAGAGAGACCAAGCCCGAGGGCGCGUGGAACCCGGGGAGGGGGUGGAAGGGGGGUGUCAAUCUCUGCAAAACGUCAUUACUUUUGCUCUCCAGCCCUUUUACAGUGUAGCCCAACUUGCUAUUUGUCAUAGCAGCAGAGUAACUUUGUGUCUCAUGUAAAAGCUUUUAUAUUACUGUCAAAAAAUAUUCCCAGUACCGCAUGAUAUUCUUUUUGAUAUCAAUACCUGACUUCCUUAAUUAUCAAUUGGGAUUAUAUUUCCCAAGGAGCAUUUCCGUUGGGAUGUUCUUUGGAGAAUUUUGAAAUAAUUGUUUAAAUCCGUCCCUUCCAUUCCAUCAAAUGCAAUGUAUGAACUCGCCUUCAAAUUAAUGUUAGGUAGAAAUUCUUUCCUACAGCUCAAAAUUAAUGCUGAUGUUUUGAUUUGCCCAUUUAAUAGCAGUUGUAUGAUAAUUAUUUUAGAUAUUGAAACAUUUAUUUAUAUUUAUGGGCCAGGUAAAUCUCCUUGCAAGACACCAAUUAUUAGAUAUAUCCAACUGCCCCUGCACCGAGAAGCCAGUCAACCAGCAUGGUAGUUCAGAGGAUUCCUAUGAGCUUAGCCAGUGGAUUUCUUUCCUACCUUCAAGGACACU